AUUUAUCUUUCUCGAUCCGUAGGUUGUGAAUGUGUGUGUGACCAUGGCGCGUUCUGAAUCAUUAUCUAGUGAUGAUUCUCUGCGCCAUCAAUUUCCUUCCGAUCUUUGGAAGGAUUACUUGUUUAAUCUCCAGUCACAAGCUCCGCUCCCGCUGCCAAUUUAUUCGCGGAGAGAAAUCGUAGGCAGACCGAAACCUAUGCAAUAUGGCAGAGAGUUUCAUGGCUCAAUCGGACGCGACGAAGCGGAAAUGUUGCUGAAAAACAAGGAAGGAGCUUAUUUGGUAAGGGAAAGUCAAUCGGCAGUUGGAUCAUAUGCUUUGAGCAUGUGGGUGAAUGGUGCAAUCAAGCACUACAUGCUAUAUUACGACGGGAAGUCUCACUUUUUACGAGAAGACAAGAAAUACGACACCUUACGGGAUCUUGUAGCAGAUGGUUUGAUCUUCAUGUUUUUAGAAGCUCGAGCUUCAGAUUACAUUGAACGGAUGUUUCGUGAAGCUUCAUACGCUUCCAGUCCGUUUGUGACCCUGCAGGCCAAAAAGCGCGAGUUUUCGCUGCGAAGAACUCUGAAGAAUCACAAAGUCGUCGACUGGCGACGGUCGUCGGAGGUUGACAUCCAGUCGUAUGAAAAGCAGCAUACUUUCCAGACGCAAACAUUCCGUCGGUUCCACUGGUGUGACCUCUGUGGGAACUUUUUGUGGGGCGUCGUUGCGCAGGGUGUCAAAUGCGGCGAUUGCGACUUUGUGGCGCACGAACGGUGUUCCAAGCGAGUGCCGGCGACUUGUUCGCCGGAAAUGAAACAUUUGCGCGGCGUCUAUGGCGCCGAUCUCACCGGCGUCUGCAAGGCCAUGAACCGUUGUCCGCCGUUUGUCGUUGAUCUGUGCAUUGAGGAGAUUGAAGCGAGAGGCUUGCACAUUGAGGGUCUGUACCGAGUGUCGCCGUCCAGUGAUGAGCUGGACACCCUGCGGUUCACUUUGGACCAAGGCAAGUGUCUCUGGAUGAUUUUUGUUCCGUUUGAAGAAAGUGGAAUACCGUAUUCACUUGAGAAAGACAUGUACCUUAAUAUGGAAGCGACCAACCUGGCCAUUUAUCCGGAUAUUCACGUGAUUUGUGGAGUGCUGAAAUUGUUCUUCCGACUGCUGCCAAUCCCUCUGAUUCCUUAUGAUUCUUACCGAGACGUUAUUGCGAGCGUCCAAAAUAACAUCACCGAAAAGGCAAAGCUUAAAUCGCUGAAGACGGCCAUUCAGAACAUUCCUCCUGCUCAUUAUUCUACUCUCAAGGCUUUCAUGGUUCAUCUGGCAAGAGUUGCCGCAAGAUCUCAAGUGAACCGGAUGACAGCGGAAAACCUGGCGCUGAUCCUGGCGCCGUCGUUGCUCCGGUCGCCGCACAUCUCACAGCCGCCUUCUCCGUGUGCCAAACGCGGCUCAGACGCCGCCAAAGACGUCCCGACGUUCCUCAGCAACCCGAUGGAGACGAUCCCAUUUGAGCGGUCUGUGAUAGAGUUGCUCAUCGUUUACCAACGUGAAAUGUUCGAUGCCUGAGUCGCACUCAAUUAUGCGACUUGAUCUUGUUCCUUUUUUUUUCACGCUUGUCUUCACAUUUGCUACGCGGUUAAAAAAAAAACCGAACUUUUUCGAAAAGUUUUUUUUU